AUGAGCACACCAGCGGCGGCGAUGGAGCCGAGCGUAUUGAUCAAUUACUACAUUCGCAAGGGGUGGUUCGACCAUGUCCAGCGAUUGUGCGAAAGCAUCCUGGAUAAGAAGGGAAACGACCCUGUCAUCUCGUUCUGGCGGUGCUUUGGCAUUGCGAUGGAAGGCAGUCAAUCGUCAGCGAUCCGGGAGCUCGAGAGCCUCAAGAAGAAGAAGGAGGUGGAACUUCCGUGCAUCCACGCGCUCAUUUUCGCCCACAACAAGUGCAAGAACGUGGACCACGAAGAAAUAGCACAGCUUGAGAUGCAAGUAGUGAUUGCCGAAGAAAGUGCGGGAGAGACGGCGCAACUCUUGUGCGCCAACUUCUUCUGGCAUAUCAAGGAGUACAGCAAAGCUAGAAAGACCCUCGAAUCGCUGAUGGGUGGCCGAAUUGCAGCGACGACACCGAUUCAAGUAAAAGCCACCAUCUUGCGCGGGUGGAUCGACCUGACGGCCGAGCCCAAAACCAAGCGCGACACGGAGCUCCGAGACAACAGCAUUUCGUUUUUCACCGAAGUCAAGAGCGCUAACGACCCCGAGCAGCUCUUGGGGGUUGCCAAGUACCACGACAUGAAGCGAGCGUAUUCCAAGUCAUUGGAAUGCUACGACGAGAUCAUUGUCAAGUACACGUGGUUCAAAGAAGCAUUGAGUGAGAAAGCGCUCGUGCUACUCAAGACUGGCGAAUGGGACCAGUGCGUCGACAGCGCUGAGCGUGCGCUGGCCAACAGCUCGAACGACAUCGACGCCUUGCGGUUGCUGAUUCUCUACUUGUUGACCCGGGAAGGACGCCCAAAGGAAGCUGCAAAUCGCAUUCGAGACUUGAUGAAGGCGCUGUCAUCGACAGAGUCGUCAAACCCGCAGCUCUUUUACGACAUUGGACGAUGCAUCGCACGUAUUUCCGACAAGAACCAGGAAGUCUUGUCGUGCAACUUGUGUUUCGUCGACCAAGCCGUCAAGCUGUCGCCGGACUGCGGCACGUUUCGCGCCGAACGAGGGUACCAACGGUCCCUCAUGGGCGACUAUUCUGAAGCGAUCGAGUCGUACAAGGAAGCGCUCAAGCUGGACGAAAGUAACGAGUCGGCGCUGCAUGGGCUCAUCUAUUGCCAGAUCAAGCUUGGCCAAGUGGACGACGCGGCGCAGCAAAUGGAGUUUCUUAGCGUGAUUCAGGAGAGCAUCGGGAACGCCAGUGCCGACUUUGUGCUGCUCCAAGCGAUGCUGAGCUGGCACAAGGAUGGUGACCGCGUCAAGCAAGUCAAGUAUUUGCAGUCCGCCGUGCAGUGCCACAUGGACAAACUGAAGGAUGUCGUCCAGACGGGGGACCUGUCCACGUACGACAUGAUGAGCAUGCUGAACCCGCAGUUCCUGGUCGAAAUUGCAACCGAGUUCAUCAAGCUGGACGGCCUCGACGACAGCAAGAGCAUGGCGUCGCGCGGGGUGUCCAUCCUGGAGAAGCUCGUGAACAAGUCGCCCGGGUUUAUCGAGAUACAAUUUAUCCUGGCCAACACCAAGUUUUGCUCCAACGACUUUGACGACGCGUACCGAAUUUGCAACGCGAUCCUCAAGAUGAAUCCCGUGCACUCGCAUGCGCAUUUGCUCGUCGCGCGCAUUUGCUUGGAACGCGAGCAUUUCAAAGCCGCAUCGAGCAGUCUCGAUCAAGCGCUCAGCCACGACUUUUCUGUGCGCCAGUCGCCGUCGUUCCAUAUCAUCAAGGCAAAAUUGAUGGAGAAUGAUGGCAACUUGAAGGAAGCGCUCGCGAUUCUUCAGAACGCGAUGAAGGCCACGACGUCGUCGUCGUCGUCGACGGCAACCAAUGCCAGUAAAGGCGGCAAACGCUCCAGCGCCACGACCGCCGCCCCACCCGCCACCGACAUGACUUUGUUUGAUAAAGCAUCGAUUUACAUCCAAAUGGCCACGGUUCAAGCCCAGCUCAACAACGUUGGCGAAGCCACGCGACUGGUGAAAGAAGCACUCCAAGUGUUCAAGGGCACGACGCAAGAAGUUCGUGUCUUGGUCGCAAACAGCGAGUUGGCCAUUAAGCGCGGCGACUUUGACAAUGCCAUCGUCAUGCUCAAUAACGUGCCGCAGGAGUCGCCAGCGUACAUCAAAGCGCAAAUGAUCAAGGCCGACAUUUACUUGCAGCAUCGAAAGGAAAAGCAGCUGUACGCUGAGUGCUACAAGGAACUCGUCCGCCUCAACCCGACGGCCGAGUCGCUAAUUCGCUUGGCGGAAGCGUACUUGCGCAUCCAGCAGCUGGAUGAUGCGAUCGAGUCGUACCGGUCGGCGCUCGUGCUCAGUCCCAACGACGCCUCGCUCGCGAGCCGCAUCGGCCACAUCCUCGUCAAGAAACAUGACUACAUUUCCGCCAUCGAAUACUACGAGACAGCGCUGCGAGCCGCCCCGGACCAAACGCCGCUCCGUCGCGACUUGGCGAGUUUGCUGGCUAAGCUGUCGCAUUUCGAUCAGGCCUUACGGGUCGUGAACGCGGCGCCGGCGGCCCCGGCCCGCACGGAGAUCAAGGACAUGCUGGACGACAUCAACCUCCAAAUGAUCCUCCCCGACAUUUACAACGGGCUCGACCGCAAGGACGAAUGCAUCGACCGGCUGCAAAAGGUCAUCGCGAUGCAAAAAGUCGUCCUCGAUAAGCUCCGCGACGAGCAGCCUGACGAAAUUUUCCGGCAAACCAACCAACUGGCCAACACGAAUUUCAAACUCGCCCAGAUCUACGCUACCAAGAAAGACUCGGAAAACGUGAUGAAGUACUGCACGAUGGCGCUCCGGGCCAACGAGUCCCACGAAGAAGCGAUCUUGUGCCUCGCUCGCAUCUACAACCAGCAACAAAACCUCGAGCAAUGCCAGAUCAAGUGCUCGACGCUGUUGCGUUUGAAUCCUGCGCAUGAAGAAGCUGCCAUGAUGCUGGCCGACAUAAUGCUUCAAAAGGACGACAACGAGUCGGCCAUCUUUCACUUUCAGAACCUGCUCGAAAGCAAACCCGACAACUUUACCGUGCUCAGCCGGUUUAUCGUGAUGCUGCGCCAAGCUGGCAAGCUGGACCGUGUGCCGCGGUUCCUCAAGCUCGCAGAACGAGCUGGACCACGCGUCGCUCACUCCGCCGGCCUCCACUACUGCAAAGGGCUCUACCAUCGGUUCCAAAACAACAUCCACGACGCGAUCCAAGAGCUAAACUUUGCACGAAAGGACAGCGAGUGGGGCCAGCGGGCCCUCGUCCAUAUGGUUGAGAUCUACAUCAAUCCGGACAAUGAAAAUUUGUGGGACAACCCAGACGAGGCGACGAAAGACCAAGUCGAGAACAUCCGCAUUGCAAACGCUCUUCUGGACGAACUCGCGCCGGAGAAGACGAUGCGCAUUCGCGUCCUCGAGUGUUAUGCGGCCAUGUCGGCCAAGAACAAGGCGAUGGUCGAAAAGGCGACAGCGACGUUACUUGAGUUGCUCGAAGAGGACCGCGACAACGUCCCCGCCUUGCUCGCCCUGGCGACGGCUUACAUGCUGGCGAAACAACAACCCAAGGCGCGCAACCAGCUCAAACGCAUCGCCAAGAUGAAUUACGACUCGACAAUCGCAGACGAAUUCGAACGGAGCUACAUCUUGCUCGCUGACAUCUACGUGAGCCGGUCUAAGUACGACUUGGCGCAGGAGCUGUGCAAGAAGGCGCUCCAACACAACAAGAGUUCGGGCAAGGCGUGGGAGCUCCUGGGGCUUAUCAUGGAGAAGGAACAGUCGUACCAGGACGCAGCCGACUGCUAUCACGAGGCGUGGAAGUGCGGCGGCGAAGCGUCGGCCCCCAUCGGGUUCAAGCUCGCGUUCAACUACCUCAAGGCAAAGCGGUUUGUCGAGGCGAUCGAUGUGUCUCAAAAGGUGCUCGAUAAGUUCCCCGACUACCCCAAGAUCCGCAAAGAGAUUCGAGAAAAGGCGCAGGCCGGGCUCCGUCCGUAGCAGUCGAUGCAUGCAGCCAAGAUAAAUACUCUAUAUACAUUCCGUACGUGUGCGU